AAUUAAGUAAAAAUGUUAUUAUAAGACUGGGAACUGAAACUAGCAAACGACACGAUAAAUAUUAAAUAGUAACAGCAUUCGCCAUGUAAUGCAAAAGUGAGUCGGCUGAAACCUCAAGCCAAGAUUGACGGAUCUGAACAUCCAUCACAAGUCCGAUAUAGCUAGCUUGUUGAACAAGAUAUUUAACUGAGUCUAAUCUAGAUAAACGACACGUUUGGGCCAGGGCCCUCAGACUUUAUAAGAGCCGAGCUGCCGAAGACCAGCUCAGAAACACUGGCUCCAAACGCUUACAAAAUGAGUAGUCUGCGCUGCAAGAUCCUGAACUUGGCUGUGCUGCUGGUACUGGCUGCUGUGCAGAUGGGAGCAGAUCACUUGGACAGCGAUAAUUGCGGUUGCGGGCGGCGGGGUUAAGAUGAGACAUCAAUAAACAAGCGAAGAGCAAUGCAUACAA